UUUGAAUUUGAGUGCCGGGCUCGUGGUGCGGACAUGUUGGCCUACCCCCCUGUUGUUGCUGGUGGCAAUAGAUCAAACACUUUGCACUAUGUGAAGAACAAUCAGCUCAUCAAGGAUGGUGAACUGGUCUUGCUAGAUGGUGGAUGUGAGUCUUCCUGCUACGUUAGUGACAUCACACGUACCUGGCCUGUCAAUGGAAGGUUCACCAAACCCCAAGCAGAGCUAUACCAGGCUGUCCUGGAUAUCCAGAAGUCCUGCCUGAGCCUCUGCUCCCCAGGUGUGAGUCUAGAAAAUAUCUACAGCCUCAUGCUGAGCCUUAUUGGACAGAAACUGAAAGAGCUGGGAAUCCUAAAGAGCAGCAUCACUGAGAGCCCCUUCUUCAAGGCUGUUCGAAAGUACUGCCCACAUCAUGUGGGCCAUUACUUGGGCAUGGAUGUUCACGAUACCCCAGAUAUAUCCCGAUCGCUCCCACUCCAGCCAGGCAUGGUGAUAACCAUUGAACCAGGCAUUUAUAUCCCUGAGGAUGACUUUAGUGCACCGGAGAGGUUCCGUGGCAUUGGUGUGCGCAUUGAGGAUGAUGUUGUGAUAACAGAGGAUGCACCUGUCAUCUUGUCUGCUGACUGUCCCAAGGAGAUCUACCACAUCGAGCAGAUCUGUGGCCGCAGCUCAUGAUGCCCCUUCUUUGCCUCUUUCAUCCCGCAGCCUGGAGGGCUGCAUCUCCCUGUAGCUGUCUGUAGUUGUCAAGUGGUGGACGGUGUGGACAGCUAAAGGCUGUUUCCAAGACUGGGGCUGGGAAGAGGACUGCAAAUGGCUUGGGUACUGAGGGAUGAAAAAGGAAAGCAACCAAUUCUGUGUGUAUUUUCCUUCUGAUUUGAUGAUUGCUGAUGUUGAGCUGCUGUAGGACAUAAGGGUGGAUUCAUCCCUCUGCUUUGU